GGAAGUCAGUCAUUCAGCAUCGUAAGCCAAUGAAAUGAGGCGACUCAACACGUUACAAGACUAACUGUUGCUACAACAAGUCAACGCUCAGUUGUAACAGCAGCCUGUCUUCUGUGUUUCAUUAGCACAACAUGGAUGAUGAAAGAUAUGCCUUUGUGGUGGAGUGGUAUGAGGAGAUUGCUGGUCGCACACGACAGUUUCAGUUCUUCUAUUAUGUCAACUCAAAAUGUAUAGAAAUGUUUGACCUCAAGACCCGCAAAGUGUUCCUGAGAACUAGUGUUAAAGACAAUGAAAUCACUUUGCCGGACCUCUUUAUUGGUGGAUCCAUCAACAUCCUGGGCAGAAAGCUCACUAUUAUUGACUAUGGAGAGGAAUAUACACGCCGCAAGUUGUCUGAGAAGAAAGAAAAAACACUUGGCAUGAUCAAACCAGAUGGUGUUGAAAAGUUGGGUCAGAUUUUAGAUGAAAUUUACAAGAGAGGUUUUCUGCUGACACGCCUGCGCAUGUGCUGUUUGGAUCGUAACCAGGCAUUCAGGUUUUAUGAAGAGCAUCGUGACAAGCCAUUCUUCAAUGCUCUUAUAGAUUAUAUCACAAGUGGGCCAAUCAUUGUGUUUGAAAUUGUGAACACUAAUGCUGUGGACAAUUGGCGGGAAGCCAUAGGACCAACAGAUCCUUCAAGAGCCCGAACAGUCGCCCCAACCAGCAUUCGAGCACAGUAUGGCAUAGAUGUCACAAGAAAUGUAGUACAUGGAUCUGACAGUGCAGCAUCAGCUGUUCGAGAGUUGGAGUUCUUUUUUCCUUCAUCAGGACCAAUGUUGCCAAACACAUCCAAGGGAGGAAACUGCACUUGCUGUCUCAUCAAGCCACAUGCAGUCAAAGCUGGGAUGACAGGCAAAAUAAUCUCUGCCAUCACUGAAGCUGGUUUCCGCAUCGGUGCUGCCCAGAUGAUGGUACUAGAGAAAGCCAAUGCUGAGGAGUUUUUAGAGGUGUACAAGGGUGUUGUUCAUGAGUACAAUGGAAUGGUUGCUGAGUUGACAGCAGGCGCCUGCAUUGCACUGGAAGUUCUCAGUGACACUCAGAAUACAGUGCAAGUCUUUCGUGAGCUGGCUGGACCUGCUGAUCCUGAGAUUGCCCGCCAUCUGCGUCCUAGAACCCUGCGGGCAAUUUUUGGAGUGGAUAAGGUGAAAAAUGCCGUACACUGCACAGACUUGCCUGAAGAUGGUCAGCUAGAGGACGACUACUUUUUCAAAAUCCUGGAUCGCUGAGGAUAUCAGCCUGUUACAUUUGAAUUCCAACCUAAAUGCAACCAAGAGAAACUGUUUUUCCCUUCAUUAGAUGACAAACUAUCCCCAAUAUGUAAUGCUUUGCAACACUAUUGUACAGAUGCACUAAGAUGUGGAGGUUUAACUCUCAAUCCUUCAUCUCAGAGAUUAAAUAUUUCUACAAAAUCUAGUGAUGUUCUGUGAAUACUUUUCUGCUUGUAAGAUGCCUCAUUUUCUGAGUAGUUCAUGUAAUCAAAAACUGAGUUGUUUAAAUGCACACAAUUCAUACCUUCUGCUCAAACAUAUUCACUCCCAAGGAAGAAUUCACAAUUUUAUUGACUUGAAAUACUAACAAUCUACUCUGAAUGUAGUAUGUGGUCAGGGUGCUAGCACCAGUGUUUGCUUUUGAACAUACUGCUUUUUAAAAAAUUUAUUGAAACUGGUUACUAAGCUACAAUUGUAG